UUUAGUAACAACGACAAAAAAAGAGAAGCUGGUCUGAAGAGGGGUUCUAAAAUGCAUGCUGGCUUUUCUGCUCGCCCGCAUUCCUGCCCCAGAAAGAAACUUCCAGUGGUUAAAACAGGCUGCCCGAGGACUGGACAAGGUGGCAAUUCAUGGAUUCCUCUUGGAAAGUGCCAAAUCCGGCUUCCUUCACAGCCACUUUAACCGUUCUGAUCUUGGCUUCUCUUUGUAAAAGUUUGCCAAGCCAGAAUCCAGCUUUUAUGUUGACCUCUGUCUCCAUGCCUGACUCUGUCUCCGUGCAGCAUGGUCUCUGCGUUCACAUUCCUUGCCAGUUCACUUACGAUGAUUCGAAGAGGAUCAGCUCUGAGAAACUCUACGGCUAUUGGUUUCAGAAAAGGGACGAGUCUUUGCACUCUUUUGCUGUCCUGCAACAACCUUACAAUGGUCUGGGCGUCCUUGUGGCCACCAAUGACUACCGGCAGAAGGUUGAAGCAUCCUUUGCAAACCGUUUCCAGCUAACAGGCGAUCCAGUCCAAGGCAAUUGCUCCUUUAGCAUUCUCAAUGCCCAGUCACAGGACACAGGGAAAUACUACUUUCUAAUUGCGGACAACAAUAUAUUCUCCAACAACGUAUUCCUCAACUAUUUCACAACCCGCACCCAAAGUCAUCAGACCCUUCAAGUUCUAGUGACAGAGUUUUCUGUAAAGCCAGAAAUCGUGAAAUCAUCUGCUGUGAUUUCUGGGAAGGAAGCCGUUUUGACCUGCUCGGCUCCAGGGCCCUGCUCUAAGAUCGAGCCUGCAGUUUCAUGGGCAACUGUUCUGACAGGAUAUAGAACGUCUCUGUGGAGUUAUCAGCAGAGCAACGGCAGCUGGAUCUAUGGGUCUAACUUCACCUUCACGCCUUCCCCAACUGACCAGGGCAAAUCGCUCACUUGCCAGGUCUGGUACCCUAAUAUACAGAAACGAGUCGAGAACAUCAUCUUUCUCGACAUUUCUGGACUCUUUCAGGAGUUUUCGGGAUCUUCAGUGGUUCUCUUCUUGAUAGUUUUGUGUCUGAUCAAGGUUUUGUUUUGUUUCUUGCUCUUCUUCUCAGUCUUUGGCCUAGCAGCAGGCAGAAACAAUAAGUUGCAGGAGGGCUCCUGCCAAUGUGGGAAACCUGACCUUCUUAUAAGGGAGAGAAAAAGAGGAUGUGAAGCUGUUAACAAAACUCUUCCCAAAUUUGAAGUCUCAGAAGCAAAGCAGCAGCGGAGAUACACAGGUGGCUCCUCUCUGGCUACAGGAGAAAUUCACAACACCAUCCCCAUCAAACAGAGUAUUCUUGUGGCCACCAAUGACAAGAGACAGAUACUCAUGACAUCUGUGGAGAACCGUUUCCAGUUAACAGGCGAUCCAGAGCAAGGCAAUUGCUCCUUCAGCAUCCUCAAUGCCCGACCACAGGACUCAGGGAAAUACUACUUUCGAACUGAGGACAGCAAAAUAAUAUACAGCUACACCACUGCCAAAGGCCGAGCUCGUAUGAUGCUUGAAGUUCUUGUGACAGGUUUGAUGAGCCAGAAAUCGGAUUAUACACUGACGAUGCCUGCCUCUGUCUCUGUCCGUCAGGGCCUCUGGGUCCACAUACCCUGCCAGUUCACCUACCCAAACCAGACCGGGUCAGAGGAACUCUAUGGCUACUGGUUUAAGAAAAAGUCCCAUGCCUACCCACACCGCUCUGACCCCGGUCGUCUUGUGGCUACCACUGACAAGAAGGUAGCAGUUGAUAGAUCUGCCGUGAACCGCUUCCAGUUCACAGGGGAUCCCAAUCAAGGCAUGUGCUCCUUCCGCAUCAAUGACACCCAAUGGGGGGAUGAAGGGGAGUAUUACUUUCGGAUCGAGAAAGGAAGUCUGAAAUACACUUAUGCCAACCACAGCAAUCAAAUUCAUACUUCACCUUCUAUUUUUGUGUUCGGUCCUCCUCAGGUCAUCAAAAUACUGGCAAAUGGAACAAGCCAUGGACAUGCUGCUUUGUGCUCCCAGGAAGCCAAAAGGGAUGUGGAUUCAGCGGUGGCCCAAGAAGGUGAACGCAUCGCCCUGGUUUGUAACGUAGAGAGCAGGCCUGACCCCACCCUGAGCUGGAGGAAGGGGAACAAGACCCUCAGCAGCGCCAGGCAAAGCAGGGAGCAUGUUCUCCUGCUACCAAAGGUCAGACCAGAGGAUGCUGGGGAAUAUCUGUGCUGGGCGAAAACUCCAUACGGUUCUGCAAGGAAGACCCUCCAACUAUGUGUGCAAUAUGGACCCAGGCUCAGCAGCACCCAGCAAAAUUCCACAUGUCGACGUGAGGGCAAUGCCAUCUUAUGCACUUGUUCUCUGCACUCUUGGCCUCCACCCCAGAUCAAGUGGCAAGUGGAUGGCAAGAUUAUCAAUGGGAGUAUCCCAAGAGAAACUCUGCAGGGAAAAGAGCUCACCAGUUCCCUAAACUGGACAGGGAGCCAGAAGGAGUACCACAGCAUCGUUUGUUCUGUGACCAAUCCUUCCGGGGCCUACACCCUUCAGUUUGUACUCAGUUCUUCCAUAACAAGAGCUUAUCCCAGUAUCUUGAUCUCUGCUCUCUGUGGGCCUUUGAUCACAGCCACCCUCUUUUUGCUAGGCGCAUACCUGAUCUGCCUUUUGAAGGAGAGGAAAGUUUCAUCUGAUUCAAACGGCCAACAGGCGGCCGAUGACGCCCGUUCAAAAGGACAACAGGUGGCCGAUGAUACCAGUGACAUCUACAGCAAUCUUAUGCCCAGGGAAGACAUCACACACAACUGUGUCCUCCAGGAUCCUGUUGUUCGGUACAGUGGGAUUUACUACAACCAGCAGUCUAUAGAAGGCGUCACAUACAGCUGUGUUCUUCCAGAGUGA